AUGAUGAUCGGCCGGAGGCGGUUCGUGAACCUGGUGGCGGAGAACAUCAAGACCGGGGUGUUCUCGGUGCACCGCCUGAACGUCUCGGAGCACCUCUUCUACCCGUCGACGGCCGAAGCAGAAGCGGCCAGGCCAGCACAGGUGGUGUCGAGAUUGGGGGCGCUGCCGCCGCCGGCCGCCAGCUUCCGUGCGGCGUUCGUUACUGAGUAUAAUGGUCAGCUUUUCGCGCUGGCGAGCCCCCGGAGCAGCGAGAGCAGGAUCCUCUGGAGCAGCUCGGUGCCGUGCAGCAGCCUCCUCUUCGACUUGGAAUCGAACUCCCACCACGUGGUACCAAACCUCAGUUACAAAGGGCGCAAUCCCAUCGCCAUCUCCAUCGCCCGCCCUGAUGCCCCGGAAGAGGACAUCUACGUCCUGAGCGCCGGCACUGACUACCCCGGAUUCGAAGUCCUCAGAUUCGGCCGCUCCGCGCAAUGGUAUUUACAACAUCUUCCGGAGUCGUGGCAGUUGGAAUCCCUUCCAGAGCCACCCCUGCCCGACGGUGCCGUCAUCCGCUCCCACGCGGUUCUCCACGACGGCCGCACCAUCUGCGUCACGGCCCCGGACGACCCGUUCGCCGCCGGUGGCCCGUACGGCGCCUACCUCUUCGACACGGUGAAGCGCGAGUGGAGACGACCGCCUGGCGGCUGGAAUCUGCCCUUCUUCGGCGGUGCCGAGCACGUCCCCAACCUCAAGCUCUGGCUGGGCCUCUGCAGCAGGGGCCGCCGCCUGUGCGCGUCGUCGGACCUCUCCGCCGCCCUUGACGAGGGGAAACCGCCGACACUGAAGCAUCAAUGGGACAUCGUGGUGAUGCCCGAGGAGUGGCAGCCAGGGAAGGUCAGCCUUAUCAACCUUGGCGAGGGUAGGUUUUGCAUCUUCAAGGUCAUGUAUUACGUGGUGGACGAGGACGACUGGUUUGAUGGCUUCUCUGCCCGGGCUCUGCUCACCGGCGUGGAGGUGAUUUCCUCUCCAGAAGAACAAGGGCUCAGGAUGGUCGCGCACAAGUCUUUUAGUUACAUCUUGGGCAAGGAGAGCAUCGAAUGGGUGGUAUAAAUCAAAUCAAGGGGUCGGUCCUUUAGUCCCGGUUGGUAUAAAUCAAACCAUCCUUAUGUGUCAAGUUCUCGAAAGGGGUUCCGGUCGUACUGUUUCCCCGGUCGUUAUAAAUGCUGAAAAGCUGAAACGGCUGAUUUGUUGCGACAGAAAAACACUGUUGGUGGCUUAUAAGCUGGCUGAAUAAGCUGAAGCGAACAGGCCCCAAAUCAUCCUUAUGUCAGUUGUUGGCCUUUCGAAUAUUUGUUUUAGUAUAAAAUGACUUGUGUUAUCUUGUGAUAAUUAUCACUGUAUGCAUCAUCUG